AUGCUGAAACAGAAACGAAGAAUGACAACAUCCGCAUCAGCCGUCACACCCAAGGAGGAACCAAGAAUAGGAAAAGAUCCGAAAGUUCCCAAUAAUAAGAUUUUGCAAAUUCCCAUUGGAUCGCUUUCACCAGAGCAAUGGCAGGCUGCUGUCACUACUCAAGAAAGUCCAACCACUCACUCGUCCUUUCCACUGCUAGGACGUCUCGUCCAGGAAUACCAACUCAAUCCACAAUUCGCAGGAUCCCAAAAACAUCUCACCGAAUUGCAGACCAUGCUGAGGCACGUCAGUCUGAGUUGGGAACAGAAAUGGGCCAAUCAAUCAAGACAAACAUCAUCAUCUUCUUUGUGGACUCCGGACAAGGUCCUGUCCUUUCUGCAAGACUGUGAACGAGACCUUCCAGAGCUGUCACCCGAUUUACGCACGUACAAUGCCAUUAUGAAUGGAUGGUUGGCUCAAACUACAAUAUCAAUAACCACAAACAACCUUGCUCCACAGCAGUGCGUCAAACGGGUAGAACAGUUAAUGCCGUUUCUGUGGGAACGAUUUCCACAACAGCUCGAUACCCGAACCUAUGAGAUUAUCAUACAAAUAUACAGCCGCGCCGGAUGCUUUCAGCAGAUUUGCAAUGUCUUGGACCAAAUACUGCAACUGCACAACAGCAACAAAAACAAAAAGAAGACACCAGUUCCACUUCGGUUCCAGCAACCAGUCUUUGAUCAGACGCUGAUGGACUGUGUCAACGGAGGCCAUCGCCAUGCCGGAUUCACGGCCGAAACCAUUCUCGAAAAACUCAAUCACAUGUAUCACGCCGGAUUGCUGGGAUUCCGCCCGCACGCUGCGACCAGUUACACCAUGGCCAUUAUGGCAUGGGCCAAGUCGGGACAUCCCGAGGCGGGAAACAGGGCCAUGGCAAUCUUGGACGAAUUGACGCGGCGUAGUGCGAGUGAUCCCAUCAUGACACCCUCCGCGCACACGUACAGUGCCGCGCUGCAUGCCUGGGCCAGAUUAGGAAAUGCCAAUCAAGCCGAUGCAUUGUUGGAUCGAAUGUUUCAAGUAUAUUACGACAACAACAAGAACAAGAACCACAACAACAAGAAGAAGGCCAUCAAACCAGAACUGAUCAGUUUCAAUAACGUGUUGGAUGCCUAUGCCAAAUCCGGACUGAAAGACGCGGGUAUCCGAUCGGAACGGCGGCUACGGCAAAUGUGGGACUUACACGACCAGGGAA